AUUGAAAGAAAGGGACAAAGGGAGGGAAAAUUCUGCGAAAAUACCCAGCAUAUUCGAAGAAAGAACCCCUCCAAUUUCAUAACCUCAAUCAAUCGCACCGAUCUCUCUGCCUCCAAUUCCACAAGAAUAAAAUAUGAGCACUACUGUGCAAAGAACUCCAAGAUCUGGUAGGCAGUCAUUAUUCUUCCAAGAUUUGGCUUCGCCUGUUUCGGCCCGGAGAGGAAAAUUUUCAAGUCCAGGUCAGGCAGCUGCAGCAUCUUCUCUAUGGCGUGAGAGCAUCAGUGUUUCAGACCUCCCACCACCUCCUAUUUACACCUUGGAAGACAGAUCAGAUAUUUCUCCUGAAUCUGGGAUACCAGAUUACCAAAUAUCUCCUGAAACUAAGUCAGACCCUAGAAGUCCAAUCCAAACUGUGAAUAGGGAAUUUUCUACUCCAUCCAAAAACAAAUCAGAGGCCAGUACAUCUUAUGCUUUAAAGGUUGUUCAGCAAAACCAGCAGAGUUCACCAGGGUUGAGUUGGUGGUCGCCUACGUCUGCUAAGCAUGGUGGUGAACAAGAUGAGAAGGGAAGGAGUUCACCAGUUGAGGGUGUGGUUCAGUCUGGUGCUUUGGUCACUGUCCCUCCACCAAGGGAAGUAGCAAGGACAGAGGUUCAGAGAAAUACCUUGCCUGCAGGGAAUCUUAAUGAGGAGGAAUGGGUAACUGUUUAUGGGUUUUCUCCGGGUGACACUAAUUUAGUUUUAAGAGAGUUCGAAAAAUGUGGUGUAAUUUUGAAACAUGUUCCUGGUCCCAGGGAUUCUAACUGGAUGCACAUCUUAUAUCAGAAUCGAUCUGAUGCUCAAAAAGCUCUAAACAAGAAUGGGAUGCAAAUUAAUGGAGCCCUGAUAGUGGGUGUAAAGUCUUUGGAUCCCUUGCAACGUCAAGCUUUAAAUGAAAGACUUUCCAAUCAGGGAUUUAUGCCCUUACCUCCACCCUCUGCUAGAGCCUUAGAAGGGAACGCAUACAGAUCUCCUCCUUAUCUUCAGAAUGGCAAUGCAAGCGCUCGGCAAACAACAGGUGCAAUAGCUUCCCCAGCAAAAUCCGUGGUUUCGAAAGUAAUGGAUUUGAUGUUUGGUGUCUAGAUUAGUCUGUUCUUGUGAACCGGGCUAUAUCAUGCGCCUUAUUGUAACCAAAUAAAUAAGCUUGGCAGCUAUUCAUCUAUCAUUCGAGAGGUUUGUCAUGUCCUGUGCUGUGCAUCGAAGUUAAGUUGGAAUUUUUACUCUGAGGAUCUGAGCUAUGAGGAAUUCUGAUAUCUUAUCAUUUCAUCACCUAGAUCAAUUUUCUGGACUGCCAAAUGUUGUGGGAAUAUAUUCUUAUUUGUCAUACUCA